CUGGUUACAGCACCGUUUUGGUACAACCAAAUGUUUCCUUUCCCAGCACCAGCCCCCAUCGGGCGACACGUGCCGUGUACACACGGGCGUGCGCACAAAUGCGUCAGCCACAAGCCUAUAAAUGGGCUUCCGUUGCUCCCCCAUUCGCUCAUCUUUUUUCUCCGACGACGACGACGAGGAUUCGUGAAUCGCUCGCUCGGCUCCGCCAUGGCUCGUUACUUCACCCUCAACACGGGCGCCAAGAUCCCCUCCGUGGGCCUCGGCACGUGGCAAGCUCCCCUCGGCGUAGUAGGCGACGCCAUCGUCGCCGCCGUUAAGGCUGGUUACAGACAUAUUGAUUGUGCUAGCAUAUACAGGAAUGAGAAGGAGGUUGGCUUGGCACUAAAGAAGCUAAUUGACGAGGGGUUAGUCAAGCGUGAAGAUCUGUUCAUCACCUCUAAAUUAUGGUGCAGCGACCACUCACCAGAAGAUGUUCCUGUGGCAAUGGAUCAAACUUUGAAUGACUUGCAACUUGACUAUUUAGAUCUUUACCUUAUCCAUUGGCCAUUCCGGGUAAAGAAAGGAAGUAGCAUCAGCCCUGAAAACUUUGUCCAGCCUGAUAUACCUGCUACGUGGGGAGCCAUGGAGAAAUUGUACGAUUCUGGUAAAGCCCGUGCCAUCGGUGUGAGCAAUUUUUCUUCCAAGAAAUUAGAGGAUCUGCUUGCUAUAGCCCGUGUGCCACCAGCAGUCGACCAGGUGGAAUGCCACCCUGGCUGGCAACAACCUAAGCUCCAUGCUCUGUGCCAGGCAAAGGGUGUUCAUCUCAGUGCUUUCUCUCCACUCGGUUCACCUGGUACCACAUUUAUCAAAGGCAGCAAUGUCCUUACACACCCAGUCGUGAAAUCAAUAGCAGAGAAGUUGGGCAAAAGUCCUGCACAAGUUGCACUGCGUUGGGGACUUCAGAUGGGGCAGAGUGUACUUCCUAAGAGCACAACUGAAACGAGGAUAAAGGAAAAUAUCGACUUAUUUGAUUGGUCUAUCCCAGAUGAUCUGUUCACCAAAUUCUCAGAAAUAGAGCAGGCUAGGCUACUUAGGGGGAACUUCAUUGUGCACCCUCAAAGCGUUUACAAAAACUUGGAGGAGCUCUGGGAUGGAGAGAUCUAAGAAGUGAUUGAUCUCCUUUUCAGUCGAUGCAUUGGUCCCAGAAAUCUUGGCAUUCCUAGUAAUGAUUCUACUUAUUUUAGGACACUACCAAACCCUUUUUUUAACGUGAUCUCCUACUUUUACAUGUUUUCUUUUAUCAUAUAGGGUCCUUGUUGGCAAGAUGGGUAACGAUAGAAUUCAAAGAAGAAAAAUAUUAUAAUUUUGUAGGAAUUAGUGCAUUUUGAUUGUAAUUUGUCUGUUUCCAAGGUGGAAAAGAAAAACUUUUAUUUUA